AUGAUACCGCCGACUGUAGAAGCCUCUUUGAGGUCCCCGUUUACCAAAUCAUACUUUUCACCUGUUCCAGCAGCGCUUUUGGAACAGAAUGAUUCGCCAGUGAUAAUGGGUAUCGACGAAGCAGGUAGAGGACCCGUGAUGGGACCUAUGGUCUACGCCGUGGCGUAUUCUACAAGAGAGUACCAGGACGAAAUCGUAAUUCCCAACUACGAGUUUGAUGACUCUAAAAAACUUACAGAUCCCGUCAGGAGAAAGCUGUUUGCCAAGAUGUAUGAAGACAACGAAGAACUAACUCAGAUCGGCUACGCGACCACGUGCAUCACCCCAUUGGACAUUUCUCGAGGAAUGAGCAAGUUCCCACCAACAAGAAACUACAACUUGAACGAGCAGGCACACGACGUGACAAUGGCCCUCAUCGACGGCGUGACGAAGCAGAACGUUAAGCUAGAUCACGUGUACGUGGACACCGUCGGACCACCAACGUCCUACCAGAAGAAACUAGAGCAGCGAUUCCCAGACAUCAAGUUCACAGUCGCCAAGAAAGCAGAUUCCCUAUACUGCAUGGUCAGUGUGGCGAGUGUCGUGGCGAAAGUGACCAGAGACAUACUCGUUGAAUCCCUCAAGAGGGACCCCGAUGAGGUCAUAGGUUCUGGAUACCCCUCCGACCCGAAGACAGUGGCAUGGCUGAAGCGAAACCAGACAAGUCUUAUGGGAUGGACCACUGACAUGGUGAGGUUUUCGUGGCAGACGUGCCAGACCCUCUUGGACGACCCUACUAGACACAGCGUCAUUAUCAAGUGGGAAGAACAAUACAUGGACAGCAGGAAGAACGCCGCGCAAAAGACCAGACAGUUGCAGCUCCAGAUGGUUGCCAAGUCCGCCAGGAGAAAGAGGCUCAGAACUCUGGACAACUGGUACCAGUAA